AUGUUGCAGCUUCAGUCUUUGCGGGCAAUGAUUUUUUCAGAAGCGUCUUUGGUGCGGGGUCCCCGUUGUUCGCAAACGGAAUGUAUACCAAAUUGGGGGUUGCACGGGCGAAUUCGCUUCUGGGAUUUUUGUCGCUUCUGUUCAUCCCUAUCCCUUUCAUGCUAUACAAGGUAA